AAUAAAAUAAAAAUAAAAAGCUUCUCUUGCAAUUCUCUCUUCCCUCAUAAAUAGAGAUGCAGUAAGACUAUAAAUAUUGACCAGUGUCCUAGAGAGAGAAACUCGCCGCUUUUAACACUUUUUUUUUUUCUGGUUUUUUUUUUUGGUUAAGCAGUAAGCACUAAGCACAUAUCUCGAGCACACACACAAGUUAUUCCCACAAGUUGUAGACGACAGAAGAAGAUCGAUGGAUUACGGAGACGACGAUCGUAGCUCCUCAUGGAAUUGGCAAGUGGAUAACUAUAAUCACCAACCUCAGUCUCAUUUCUCGGAUGUGCCUGACUGCACGAUGACUGAAGUCACAUUGAACCAAGAAGAUCACUCGUACAUGUUUGAUGAUGAAAAUACUCCUGUGAAGGCAUGUAGCGAGUUGGGUUACCAUGUCACAACAGAGGACACGAACAGGAAAAUGGAAGUGCACAGUGAGACACGCUCUGCUUUAAAAAGGCGUCGGAUGUUGCAGUUUGAAGACCAACCUGAAACAUCCCUUUUCAGCAGUGAGAGUUUCUCUGCAAUCUUAAAAUCAAGUGCUAGAGAUGACACAUUUGAUGAGCUUUUACCCGAAGGGUCUCAGCUUAUAGAAGGGUUUUCAGAAGACGCUUCUGCCUCUAGCUUCGAGGGCCUUGAUCUGUACGCUGAAGAGUGGUAUGCUGAUUGCUUAAAUGAUGCUGAGACUCCAAUGCUACCUGAUGACUUAAACUUUGGUUCACCUGAUGUUCAAGUAGAUAUUUCAGAGUAUUUGAAUGUGCCACCAGAAACAGAGACUAGGGAAGUUCAGCGGCCUGUGACUCGAUCUUCUCCAAAUGUUAUCUUUAAAGGUAGGAAAUCGUUUUCAAGGCCAGUUUCAAAGCUACCAUCUUCAAUCAUCUAUCCAUUUGCAUUCAUCAAACCAUGUGGGGUUCACGGUGGAAUGACUCUCAAGGACAUAAACCAGAAAAUCCGAAAUCCACCAGCAAAACCAAAGGCACACAUAGAAGAGCCUGCAGUGAUCCAAACUUCAGCAUUCUCAGGGAAACCCGUUGUUGGAAAGACUAAAAUCCGCACCGAAGGAGGAAAAGGAAGCAUCACGAUAAUGAGGACUAGAGGCUAAAGCUAAGUUAAGUAAGUAGUAAUAAGCUGAUAGAAGGUUUUAAAAAUUCACUGCAGAAAACUUUUAAACUUUUUGCCUUAUUCUCAGAGGCCCUUAAAUCCUUUUUAUCGGAUAUAGUUCCAGUCAAGGGCCUUUUUAUCGGUACAGCGGCUAAAAACUCUUCAAGAUCUUAUUAUGAAUCAUGUUCUUGUCUCGUUUUUGUAUCUGUAGUAUGAAAGAAAACUUUAAAGAUCUGUUAGCCAUGUGGUAGAUAUUUUUGUUUGUAUAAAGUCCCUGGUUCUCAAUGUUACCUGAAACUUGUCUCUCUCUCUGGUUGGACUGCUAUACAAAGUAUAAGCAAGUUUUGUUAUCCAUUACAUUGCAGUGAAACGUUGCGUUUCAUGGUCAAGAAGAG